AGCACUACCAGCAGCCACCAUGGGCGGAUUUAUGGAUUCGAUUAAGGCCAGCUGCACGAAGAUGGCGAAGCAGCAAAUCAACGAGGCUAUGGCGGGCGACAAGAAAGAGUCAGCAUCUGGCGGUGGAUCAGCUGCGACGGGAACUAGGGCGCCCGAGGAUGCGGAGGCCUACGCCAAGAAGGUUGCUGAGGCCAUCAAGGCCGAUGUCCGUAUGUUCUCGGGCUGCAUGGACAGCCAGACCUCUGCGGACGUGAAGGACGUUUCCAAGUUCGGGCUGCCCGACGCGGACGGGGCCGGCGGCGCUUGCACGAACGCCAUGCUCCUUACCUUGAGUGACGAGCACUCCGACUCGUGGCUGGGCCUGCUGAAGGGGAUGCAAUCCGUCCUCAAGACCAAGAGGUUCUCUCAGGUCCCGCAGCUUAGCACGUCGCGGGAGAUCGACGUCAACGAUAAGUUCUCCCUCCGCAACACCGCGGGUGGUGGAAGCACCAAGUGCCUGCUCAUCGGCAUCAACUACAUCGGGCAGCAGGGAGAGCUGGCUGGCUGCCACAACGACGUGGACAUGAUGAAGAAGUACAUCACCACCCACGGGUACAGCAUGGAUCCAGCGGACUGCAAGGUCCUGAUGGACGACAAUGUCCACGGCAUGCCCGACCACAAGGGCGUCAUCGAAGGAUUCAGAUGGUUGACGGCGGAUGCGAAGGCGGGGGACUCUCUCUUCAUGCACUACUCAGGCCACGGGGGCUCGGUGAAGGACACCUCGGGGGAUGAGGCCGACAACAUGGACGAGACGCUGGUGCCCGUCGACUACAAGUCGUCUGGACAGAUCACUGACGACGAGAUCCUCAAGGAGCUGGUGAUGGUCCUGCCCGAGGGAGUUACGUUGACCGUGGUGAUGGACUGCUGCCACAGCGGUUCGAUCCUCGACCUGCCCUACGCGCUCAAGGCGGACGAGGGAACCAUCAGCGCGGUGGAGGCUGGCGAGGUGUCGUCGACGAUCAGCGCUAACCCUGGCUUCGACUUCGCGAAGCGCGCUCACGGGGGGGGAGGGGGCGUGGAUAUUGAGGAGCUCCCAAGGGUUGUAUACUAUCCUAUUUUUGUGACCUCGUAGUAAUGUCCAUAUCCAUGCUUGCCGCGAUCGUUUCGGCCCUCUAUCUAAUUAUUAUUAUUUCCAAUCUCUUUCU